AUGGAAAGUACUGAGACUGAUCGCGGAUCUGAAAUUGCGGGGCUUGUUGAAUAUGUGAAGAAAAUUACUUUUUUAUAUUCUUUAGAUCAUCGCGACUGGAAUGCAAAAGUGAUAAAUGUGAUAAGCAUUUGGUUGAUCAAUUCAACAGAAUUAGUUCUUACAAUAUUUUACGAUUGCGAUGUUCUCACUGGUUGCCUUGGAUUUCCUGUGGCCCCGGUUAUUGAUUUAUGCUACUUUAUUCGGUCCUCUAAAGAAAUAAUAUCUAUUCAUUCUUUUCACGACAUGGUUAACUUCGGUACUGUGCAAGAUGAUGUUGAUGGCUGCCUAUUGAAAAUUUUAGAGCUUAUAUAUGCUCCCAUAUUUCGAAAUUUUAUGGAAUGGGGAGACAAUGUGAAGCAACGUUUCUGUACGUCCCUGGAUAAAUUUCUAGGAAUCUUAACAGCAAUAUAUUUUAAAAUGUCUGGCAUGACAGUUCUUUAUGUCCCUUAUGUAGUCAAAGAAAUAGCAAAAGAGAUUUCAUCGUACGACAGAGAAUUUGUCAAGAACUUGGAGUGUAUUGCGGUGUCGUGGGCUACGCUUAUUCGAAUUCUUUUAAAUGACAAGACCCUUACCAGUCCAAACGAAUAUAUUAGUGUUGGGGAUGAGUUCGAGUUCUGGCUAUAUCGGUUUGAAGUUCUUCAAGGACUAAAUGCGCAACUGGAUCAAGUGGAUGUUCAACAAAUUAUAAGAGUUCUACGAAGUACCCAUUCAGUGUAUAUUAAACAGAUCGAUGAACUAAUUUUCGAAUCUACACAUGAACUGAUGGAAGCUAUGGAAAACAUCAAAUUUUUACACUUAUUAAUGCAACCAUGUUCACAACUAGAUUUUUCUGAAAGCCCAACUUUUGUCUCACAACUUAUUCCCCGAACAAUUCACUUGAUACGAUUUAUUUGGUUAAACUCUGAACAAUACAACAGACGUGAUUUAAUAACUGGUAUAUUUAGGAAUUUAAGUAAUCAGAUUAUACGGUUUUGUACUGAAAAGGUAAAUGUUGAAAAAAUUUUAUCAGGAAGUUCAAGGUUUGGAAUCAAAAUUUGUAAUAUGUGUAUAGAUUGUUGCCUGACUUAUAAAGGAAUAUAUGAUAUAAUGUCAAAAACCCAUGCAAAAAUAAACAUACGAAUAGGUUGGAGCCUUGACAAUGCAAUGAUUUUUAAUCAUGUCGAUGCCUUUAUGGAGCGUCUCAAUGAUGUUAUUGAUAUAUGUGAAUCAAUGAUGGUUUUCGGAAGACUUGACGAAUCAGAGAGUAUACCUAAGCCUCAAUUCGGUGGUACUAGUGGUACAGAAUUUGAAGCUACUGCCGACAACGUUGAAAAUGAAUUUUUGGUGACUCUUACGGCAUUAUGUACGGAUUCCAAAGAGAUCAUUUUAAAUGUUCACAAAAAUGAGUGGUACGAGGAAGUAAUUAAAUAUCGCCGAACAGUGCAAAGUAUGGAAGAAACAGUUCAGCGAUUAAUGUCCAAUGUUUUUCAACAUAUAUGUAAUGUUGAGGAAGCACUAGAGUCCUUAAAUGUCAUGAUAUUUUAUUCUUAUCGUAGUACCAUAAGAAAGACGUUUCUAAGGCAGGUCUCAAGUGCUUGGGUUUUUUUUUCAAAUGAGAUAGAUAGUUCAGUUCACAUGUUAAUGGAUCGUUCUAAAAUGCAUGAGUCAUGGGUUCCUUAUUACGCCUCUCGUGCUCUAGGAUAUCGAGUCCAUUUGGAUCGAUUAGUUUGGCUUUGUAACAGAUUAAACUCUUCAGAUUGGUUGCCCAAUGUGAGUGAAGCGUCUGUAGUUUUAAAAAAAUUUGAAAGUGUUCGUAGAGAAUUCGAUAAAGAAGUGAAAAAGUCAUUUGACGAAUGGCAAAAAAACUGCUGCAGUUUGCUUUUAAACCAAAAACUGGAUCGAUACCUUCUUAUAAGAAGUAAAAAAAAGAAGGGCCUUAUUGAAUGUAAUAUUGACAGAACCAUAUUAACCAUAUGUGAACAGGCACAACACUUUGAGCGACUUGGGCUCGGAGUACCAGGAAUGGUUCGAAAAAUAUAUGAAAAACAUGAAACACUACGGUUUGUGUACAAUAGUGUGGUUCAAGUCUGUCUAAACUAUAAUCAUAUACUGUCAGCCCUUUCUGAACAGGAACGAAAGCUUUUUCGAGCCCUAAUUCAAGCAUGCGAUCGAAAGAUAGCACCAGGAGUUUUUAAAUUAACUUACGGCGGCGAGCUAAGCGACGCAUACAUAGCAGAUUGCGCCAAACAUACCAACAAACUGCAAGAAACUAUGGAUAUUUAUAAACGAGCAAUUCAAAAUAUUGCUCGGUUUUGCGAAAAAAUUUGUGAUACACCCAUGUUAAAAUUUAAUUUUUCGGGAGCUGUAACUAUUUCAAUAUUCGAGAAUCACCUGUCAAGUUAUUUAAGACGUGUUAGCAAUAUUCUUCGAGGAUUUUACAGCACAAUUACGGACCUUAUAUUUGCAGUUUUUAAAGAAUUUCAGGCGGUAAUAGAAGAUAUGCCCAUCGAAUGGUACGGAUUUGUUAAUGUGUUUGAUGAUAUGUUAGCUACCGCGUUUCUCACAAGUUCUAAAAACUCGUUAAAUAUGUUAACAAAUGCAUUGCACCGUGACCCAGAUAUGGCAGCUGCUCCGAUCCUUGUAAUGGAAUCCGAUGUUAGGGAGAGGUGUAUUGUGCUUACUCCGGACAUAGAUGUCAUUGCUAAUUUACUUAGCGGGUAUAUAGACCGAAUUCAUAAUAUUCUUGAACAGUUUCCACGUAUAGGAAUUAAGAUGAAACUACCUAAGGAGCACCAAUAUGAAUCAUUUUCAAAAGCUUUUCUUGAAGAUUCUGAGAGUACACAGCUAAUUUGUAAUAUAGAAGCUGAAAUUAAUCAUGAAAGAGAAGAAAUCGAUGGGUAUAUAACUUUUUGGAAUAGUCACCGAAUGUUAUGGGAAACAACUGAAUUGGAAUUUACAAAGCGUGUAAAAGCCACUCAGAUGACUGCUGAUAUUUUUGAAGCCAGCAUUGAAUAUUACAGUGCCAUGGCUGACGACAUAUCAUAUGUGGAUGCAAUUACUCAUGUUUACUUUAUUUUAAUGAAUCAAAACUAUAUUAAAAGUUCAAUUCUAGACUGUAUUGAAAAAUGGCAAGCAUUAAACAUAAAAAUACUUUUAAGCCAUUCGUUUUCCUUAAUUAGAGCUAUUUAUAGAUAUAUGCGCAAAAACGAACGAAAAAUGAUGAUGGUGCCACGUACUUUAAAGGAAUCAUUACUUGCAAAACAAUUUUUUGAACGAAUAAUAAACGAAGUUCCUCUCAAGCAAGCGGGCUUCCCACCGACGCUAGAACUCUUCGCAAUACUAGAUAAAUAUCAAGUGGAAAUACCUGAGGAAAUUCGCGUAAAAGUAAUAGGUCUUGAAGCUGCCUGGCAUCAUUAUCUCAAAAGAUUGGGAGAAGCGGAUGAAAUGUUAGAUAACAACCGGGAAGAGUUCAAAAAAAUUUUAGUUCAACAAGCUGAAAAAUUUAAAAUAAUAUUAAAGGAAUUUCUCGACGAUUUUUUUUUAAAACUACCAACCUCUGCUAACAUAAAUCCAAGAAUUGCUUUAAAAUUUCUUAGAAUAAUAGCACUAAAGAUUGAAGACUGCUUUACAUUUGAAGAAAGCCUGAUGAGAGACCUCGCAGUGUUUAACGUAAAUCAACCUGAAAGUAUUGACUUGCGAAAGUUAGACUUCGAAGUUAGAAUAGUGAAAAAUAUAUGGGAACUUAUAUUUGAAUGGCAAACAAAUUGGGAAGGAUGGAAAAAAGGAUACUUUUGGAAAAUGAAUAUAAAUGAAAUGGAAGAUACUGCUUUAAAUUUAUAUAAAGAAUUUACCACCUUAAAUAAAAAAUUUUAUGAUCGUCACUGGGAGAUGCUUGAGGCGACUACGAAAAAUGUAGAUAGUUUUCGUCGGACUUUGCCCUUAAUUACAGCUCUGAAGAACCCGUGCAUGCGUGAGCGCCAUUGGAAUAGAGUUCGCGAUGUAAUUCACGUAAAUUUUGAUGAAAACUCGAAGAACUUCACUUUGGAGCUUAUAAUUAAUUUAGACUUUCAGGCAUUUUCUGAAGAUAUUCAAGACAUAUCCAAUCCAGCAACUAUGGAGCUGCAAAUCGAAAAUUCUAUUAAAAAUAUAGCUACAAUUUGGAAAAAACAAAGUUUUGAAAUGGCUUUUUAUCAUGAUGGUAUCUAUAGAAUAAAAAACGUUGAGGAUUGUUUUCAGCUCCUUGAAGAACACAUGGUACAAAUAUCGGCUAUGAAAGCAACUCGUUUUGUUGAGCCAUUUAUAACCAUUGUUGAUUAUUGGGAAAAAACACUAUCGUACAUAAGUGAGACUCUGGAAAAGGGUUUAACUGUUCAGCGCCAAUGGCUCUACCUAGAAAAUAUAUUCCAAGGAGACGACAUAAGAAAACAACUUCCAGAAGAGGCAAAACGUUUUGCAACAAUAACUGAAGAGUUUCGAACAAUAUCAAGCAAAAUGUUCCAGGCAAAGACAGCCGUAAAAGCCACUAACUUACGCCCUCCACCGUUUUUAUUAAACCGUUUUAGUCGAAUGGACGAAAGACUGGAACUUAUUCAACGUGCCUUAGAAAUUUAUCUUGAGGCUAAACGACAACUUUUUCCAAGAUUUUAUUUUAUUUCUAAUGAUGACCUUUUAGAAAUUUUAGGAAAUUCUAAGCGGCCGGACUUAGUUCAAACCCACCUUAAGAAGUUAUUUGAUAAUUUAUACAAGCUUGAGCUCAAGCGCGUUGGGAAAACUUUAAGUCGGUGGCAAGCUUCUGGAAUGCAUUCAGACGAUGGAGAAUAUGUUGAGUUCAUGAUGGUUAUCUAUAUAGAUGGACCAUCGGAGCGUUGGCUAAAACAAGUCGAAGAGUACAUGCUUGUUGUUAUGAAAGAGAUGCUUAAACUUACUCGCGGAUCUCUUAAAAAACUUGUAGGGAACAGAGAAAAAUGGAUUUCGCUUUGGCCCGGACAAAUGGUGCUAACCACAGCUCAGAUCCAAUGGACAACUGAGUGUACGCGUAGCCUAAUUCAUUGUAGUAUGGUUGAUCAAAAAAAACCCCUACGCAAGCUAAAGAAAAAGCAAAUAAAAGUUCUUUCUAAAUUAUCCGAAAUGAGUCGAAAAGACCUAACAAAAACAAUGCGCCUUAAAGUAAAUACCCUCAUAACGCUUGAAAUACAUGGUCGUGAUGUUAUAGAAAGAAUGUAUAAAUCAAACUGUAAGGAUACGGGCCAUUUUGAAUGGUUUUCACAACUCAGAUUUUAUUGGCACCGUGAAUCGGAACUAUGUGUAAUAAGGCAGACAAACACAGAGCACUGGUAUGGCUAUGAAUAUACAGGUAACUCAGGGCGAUUAGUUAUUACACCAUUGACUGAUCGGUGUUAUAUAACUUUGACUACUGCGUUGCACUUGCAUCGAGGAGGGAGCCCAAAGGGACCCGCCGGUACUGGAAAGACUGAAACAGUCAAAGAUUUGGGUAAAGCUUUGGGAAUAUGGGUUAUUGUUACAAACUGUUCCGAAGGCUUAGACUAUAAAAGUAUUGGUAAAAAUUUCUCUGGAUUAGCACAAAGUGGAUGCUGGGGAUGUUUCGAUGAGUUUAAUCGAAUAAAUAUUGAAGUGCUCUCAGUCGUGGCACAACAAAUAAUGUCUAUAAUGGCAGCGCUUUCUACAAAGGCGUUGGAGCUUAUGUUCGAGGGUCAAAUGAUAAAGUUAAAGCACACAGUUGGUCUAUUCAUUACUAUGAAUCCUGGAUAUGCCGGACGGACUGAACUUCCUGAUAAUUUAAAGUCAAUGUUUAGACCCAUAUCAAUGAUGGUACCUGAUAAUAUAAUUAUUGCGGAAAAUUUACUUUUUUCGGAUGGUUUUACUAAUACAAGAAACUUGGCCCGAAAGGUAUAUACGUUGUAUGAGCUGGCUAAGCAGCAACUUUCAAAGCAAUAUCAUUAUGAUUUUGGUCUUCGCUCAAUGGUGGCUUUGCUUCGCUACGCGGGUCGAAAAAGACGUCAAUUACCAAAUACUACUGAAGAAGAAAUUGUUUAUUUGGCAAUGAAAGAUAUGAAUGUUGCGAGAUUAACAGCUAAUGAUUUACCCCUUUUUAAUGGUAUUAUGUCUGACAUAUUUCCUGGUGUUAGCUUACCAACUAUAGACUACAGUGAAUUUAAUAUUGCGAUCUAUGAAGAAUUUAGGGAGGCGGGUCUCCAACCAAUUACCAUAGCCGUAAAAAAAGUAAUUGAGCUUUUUGAAACAAAAAACUCUAGGCACUCAGUUAUGAUCAUAGGGGAUACGGGAACAGCCAAAUCAGUUACAUGGAGAACAUUACAAAACUGUUUUUAUCGAAUGAAUAGUCAAAGAUUUUCCGGAUGGGAAGCAGUCACCGUUUACCCAGUAAAUCCAAAAGCAUUGAAUCUAGCAGAGCUUUAUGGGGAAUACAACUUGUCGACUGGUGAAUGGCUUGACGGAGUUUUAAGUUCUAUUAUGCGAAUAAUCUGUGGAGAUGAAGAGCCGACUCAGAAAUGGUUGUUGUUUGAUGGACCUGUGGAUGCAGUAUGGAUUGAAAACAUGAACUCAGUAAUGGAUGAUAAUAAACUUCUUACGCUUGUAAAUAGCGAACGUAUAACCAUGCCAGUUCAAGUAUCGCUAUUGUUUGAAGUAGGAGACCUGGCUGUUGCUUCACCAGCAACUGUUUCCCGAUGUGGAAUGGUUUAUAACGAUUACAAUGAUUGGGGAUGGAAACCUUUUGUAAACUCAUGGUUACAGCGCCUAAGAAUUAAGGAGUUCGCUGAUUUUUUACGAAUACAUUUUGAUUACAUGGUGCCAAAAAUACUGGAUUUUAAACGAAUGAGGUGCAAAGAGCCUGUAAGGACAAAUGAGUUAAAUGGAGUUGUGUCGCUUUGUAAAUUGCUAGAAAUAUUUGGCACAAAGGUAAAUGGGAUAAAUCCCAUUAAUUUAGAACUUCUUGAGGAGAUGACUAGAUUGUGGUUUAUGUUUUGUUUAGUAUGGUCAAUUUGUUCAAGUGUGGAUGAAGACAGUCGCCAAAGACUAGAUAGCUUUAUACGGGAACUAGAAAGCUGCUUUCCAAUAAAAGAUACUGUGUUUGAUUAUUUUGUGGAUCCCAAUGAACGAACCUUUUUACCAUGGGAUAGCAAGCUGUUGAGCAGUUGGAAAUGCGAUUUCGAAUCUCCUUUUUACAAGAUUAUUGUUCCUACUGGAGACACUGUUCGCUAUGAAUAUGUUGUUUCAAAACUUCUUGCUGAAGAAUAUCCUGUGAUGCUUGUUGGAAAUGUUGGUACCGGAAAAACGUCAACGGCUAUAAGUGUAAUGGAGGCUUGUGAUAAAAAUAAAUUUUGCAUUUUAGCUGUGAACAUGUCAGCACAGACAACAGCAGCCGGGUUACAAGAAUCAAUCGAAAAUCGGACUGAGAAACGUACAAAAACGCAAUUUGUACCUAUCGGUGGCAAACGGAUGAUAUGUUUUAUGGACGACUUUAAUAUGCCUGCAAAAGACAUCUAUGGAUCUCAGCCACCUUUGGAGCUUAUUCGGCAAUGGAUAGAUUACAAGUAUUGGUUUAAUAGAAAAACUCAACAAAAAAUAUAUGUGCAAAACACAUUAUUAAUGGCUGCGAUGGGACCGCCUGGAGGGGGCAGACAAACAAUUUCCAGUCGAACUCAAAGUCGGUUUGUUUUAUUAAACUUAACUUUUCCUUCACAAGAAACAAUUAUUCGCAUAUUUGGAACGAUGCUCUGUCAAAAACUAGAGUCAUACCCAAAUGAAGUUCGUGAGAUGUGGCUACCUAUAACCCUUUGUACCAUUAACUUAUAUGUAUCAAUGAUUAGUAAAAUGUUACCGACGCCAAAUAAAUCUCAUUACUUAUUUAAUCUUAGAGAUAUAUCCAAAGUCUUUCAAGGACUAUUAAGAAGUGAAAAAGAACUUCAAAACAAAAAAAAUUUUUUUUUACGGCUUUGGGUUCAUGAGUGUUUUAGAGUGUUCAGCGACCGAUUGGUUGACGACUCAGAUCAGUUUUGGUUUGUAAAUACUAUUAAUGAUAUACUUGGUAAACAUUUUGAAGUUACUUUUCACAGUCUUUGUCCUUCAAAGGUUCCACCAUUUUUCGGUGACUUUGCUCACCCUCAAGGGUUUUACGAAGAUCUACAGGUAGAUUUCUUAAGAACAUUUAUGAAAAAUCAACUUGAGGAAUAUAACAACUUUCCAGGAAUGACUAGAAUGAACCUAGUAUUUUUUAGAGAAGCUAUCGAACAUAUUGUUCGAAUCCUGAGAGUUAUUUCCCAACCGCGUGGACACAUUUUAAAUAUGGGGAUAGGUGGAUCAGGCCGACAAGUAUUAACCAAGUUAGCUGCGUUUAUUUUGGAAAUGGCAGUUUUCCAAAUUGAGGUUACCAAAAAAUACAAAACAGGAGACUUUCGAGAAGACCUAAAAAACUUAUACAAAGUAACUGGAAUUAAACAGAGACUAACGAUUUUUAUAUUUAGCAGCGACCAAAUAGCAGAAGUCUCAUUUCUCGAAAUAACAAACAAUAUGCUAAGUACUGGAGAAAUAAACUUAUUUAAAUCAGAUGAAUUCGACGAGCUAAAGCCUGAACUUGAACGCCCGGCAAAAAAAAAUGGGGUUCUGCUAACAACUGAAGCACUAUAUUCCUAUUUUAUUUUAAAUGUGCGCGACUUCCUGCAUGUUGCGCUUUGUUUUAGCCCAAUCGGAGAAAAUUUUCGAAGUUAUAUAAGACAAUAUCCGGCUUUGUUAAGUUCAACAACUCCAAACUGGUUUAGAUUUUGGCCACAAGAAGCCCUUUUGGAAGUAGCUUCGCAUUUUCUAAUCGGAUUUCCAUUAAACGUAGUGGUUUCUGGAAAAGAGGACGAAAAACAUCGAGAAAGUUUGGUUAUAAGCACAGAAGCCAUUCUUCAACGCGAUAUUGCCUAUGUAUUUUCAGUAAUUCACUCAAGUGUUGCUAAAAUGUCGGAAAAUAUGUAUGCAGAAGUUAAGCGUUAUAACUAUGUAACCUCACCAAAUUAUUUGCAGCUUGUAAGUGGUUUUAAAAAACUAUUAGAAAAGAAAAGAUUAGAAGUAUCAACUGCUUCCAAUAGAUUACGCAAUGGGCUUUCAAAAAUUUCUGAAACUCAGGAAAAAGUAUCCUUAAUGUCCGAAGAGCUUAAAGCUAGCUCUGAACAAGUUAAAAUACUUGCUAGAGAAUGUGAAGAUUUUAUAUCCAUGAUUGAAAUUCAAAAGAGUGAAGCAACGGAACAAAAGGAAAAAGUGGAUGCCGAAGCCGUGCUUAUUAGAAGGGAUGAAAUAAUUUGUCUUGAAUUAGCAGCUACAGCUCGUGCGGACUUGGAGGUGGUAAUGCCUAUGAUAGAUGCUGCUGUAAAAGCAUUAGAUGCAUUGAAUAAGAAAGACAUUUCAGAAGUUAAAUCAUAUGGACGGCCGCCAAUGAAAAUCGAAAAGGUUAUGGAAGCUGUAUUGAUCUUACUUGGAAAAGAACCAACAUGGGAAAAUGCUAAAAAAGUUUUAAGUGAAUCAACAUUUUUGAACGACCUAAAAAACUUUGAUAGAGAUCAUAUUUCCGAUAAAACUCUUAAACGUAUUGCAAUCUAUACAAAAAAUCCUGAGUUAGAGCCCGAUAAAGUGGCUGUUGUAUCGCUUGCGUGCAAAUCAUUGAUGCAAUGGAUAAUGGCCAUAGAAAAUUACGGAAAAGUUUACCGAAUAGUCGCUCCAAAGCAGGAAAAAUUAGAUAGUGCAAUGAAGUCACUUGAAGAAAAGCAAGCUGCUUUAGCUGCGGCAAAAAAAAAACUCGAAGAGCUUCAGGUUGUCAUUGAAGAACUUUACCGGCAGCUUGAAGAAAAAACUAACCUUCUUAAUGAAUUGCGUGCCAAGGAAGAACGACUUAGAAAGCAACUGGAGCGUGCCAUUAUUUUGGUAGAAUCGCUUUCUGGAGAGAGAGAAAGGUGGAUUGAAACGGUUAAUCAGUUGGACUUAUCCUUUGAAAAACUUCCCGGUGACUGCUUGCUUUCUGUUGCGUUUAUGUCGUACUUAGGGGCUUUUGACACCAAAUACCGAGAAGAAUUACUUGUAAAAUGGUCUUUAUUAAUUAAAGAUCUUUUAAUACCAGCAACUUUGGAGCUUAAGGUUACGUAUUUUCUAGUCGAUGCUGUUUCGAUUCGAGAAUGGAAUAUUCAAGGUCUACCUGCUGAUGAUUUAAGUACUGAAAACGGAGUAAUAGUUACUCAAGGUAGUCGUUGGCCUCUUAUUAUUGACCCUCAAAUGCAAGCUAAUAAUUGGAUAAAAAAUAUGGAAGAGCGUAAUCAAUUAAUGACACUAGAUUUCGGUAUGGCAGAUUACUUACGUCAGCUAGAACGAGCUCUAAAAGAAGGUUUGCCUGUAUUGUUGCAAAACGUGGGGGAAUACUUAGAUCAAGCUAUUAAUCCAAUUUUGCGGCAGAGCUUUACCAUUCAAAGUGGAGAAAGGUUAUUAAAAUUUAAUGACAAGUAUAUUUCAUACAAUAAUUCGUUCAGAUUUUACAUAACGACAAAAAUAUCAAAUCCACAUUACCCACCGGAAAUCUCAUCAAAAACUACUAUUGUAAAUUUUGCACUAAAGCAAGAUGGGCUUGAAGCCCAACUACUAGGAAUUAUUGUUCGAAAAGAAAAACCCGCCCUAGAAGAACAAAAAGACGAACUGGUAAUGACAAUAGCUCGAAACAAACGGACAUUAAUAGAUCUCGAUAAUGAGAUUCUACGGCUACUUAAUGAAAGUCGAGGUUCCUUAUUAGAUGACGAUGAGUUAUUUUCAACUUUACAAAAAUCCCGUCAGACAUCAGUGCUAGUUAAGGAGUCGCUUAGCAUUGCCGAGGUAACUGAAGUAGAAAUUGAUGCGGCCCGACAAGAAUACAAACCAGCAUCGGAACGCGCAUCCAUUUUAUUCUUUGUUUUAAUGGAUAUGUCUAAAAUUGAUCCAAUGUAUGUUUUUUCUCUGGCAGCGUAUAUAUUAUUAUUCACACAGUCUAUUGAGCGAAGUCCUCGUAAUCAGCUAGUCCAUGAAAGAAUUCAAAAUAUUAAUGAAUAUCAUUCCUAUGCGGUCUACCGAAAUACCUGUCGUGGGCUUUUCGAGCGACAUAAGCUACUAUUUUCAAUUCAUAUGACAGCAAAGAUUCUUUCAAACGCUGGAAAGCUUUUGGAAGAAGAGUAUGAUUUUAUUCUGAAAGGAGGUAUAGUAUUAGAUAAACUGGGACAAGCGCCCAACCCGGCACCAUGGUGGAUAAGUGAGCAAAACUGGGAUAAUAUAACAGAAUUAGAUAAAGUUUCUGGAUUUCAUGGGAUAAUAGAUUCUUUUGAGCAACAUUACAAGGCUUGGAAUGGUUGGUAUGCCACGACCUUCCCAGAACAAGAAGAUCUCGUUGGAGAAUGGAAUGAUAAACUUACAGAUUUUCAAAAAAUUUGUGUUUUACGUUCACUUCGACCGGAUAGAAUUUCUUUUUGUUUGACACAAUUUAUUAUUACCAAACUUGGGCCUCGAUAUGUUGAUCCGCCAGUUCUUGAUCUCAAGGCAACUUUUGAUGAAUCGAUUUCACAGACUCCCCUCAUAUUCGUAUUAUCACCAGGUGUCGAUCCAGCCCAAUCUCUCAUAUCACUAUCAGAAUCAGUUAAAAUGGCACAACGAAUGUACUCACUUAGCUUGGGUCAAGGACAAGCACCUAUUGCAACAAAGCUUAUAAUGGAUGGCAUCAAGGAUGGUAAUUGGGUAUUUUUAGCAAAUUGUCAUUUGUCUCUUAGUUGGAUGCCUACUCUUGACAAGAUGAUAGCCACUAUGCAGUCCAUGAAACUACAUAAAAAAUUUCGACUGUGGCUAAGCUCAAGCCCUCAUCCGGACUUUCCAAUAUCUAUUUUGCAAACCAGUAUUAAGAUGACAACUGAACCUCCUCGUGGAAUCAAAUCAAAUAUGAAACGUCUAUAUAACAACAUAAAUGAGGCUAAUAUGGAAAAUUGUAGUGAACCCAGCAAGUAUAAGAAGUUAUUAUUCGCUUUGUGCUUCUUUCAUACAGUCCUACUCGAACGAAAAAAAUUUUUAGAACUUGGCUGGAAUGUUAUUUACAGCUUUAACGAUUCUGAUUUUGAAGUUUCCGAAAUACUACUAUUAUUGUAUCUUAAUGAAUAUGAAGACACUCCCUGGGGAGCUUUAAAGUAUCUCAUAGCAGGAGUAAAUUACGGAGGACACAUUACCGACGAUUGGGAUCGCCGACUAUUAAUAACUUAUAUAAACCAAUUUUUCUGUGACCAAGCAUUGCAGACUAGAAAGUUUAGAUUAUCAACCCUUCCAAAUUAUUUUAUUCCCGAUGACGGCGAUGUGCAAUCAUAUUUAGACCAAAUACAAAUGUUUCCCAAUUUUGAUAAGCCUGAUGCUUUUGGACAACAUUCAAAUGCCGAUAUAGCGUCAUUAAUAGGAGAAACAAGAAUGCUUUUUGAGGCUCUGCUUUCUAUGCAAGUCCAGACUAAUAGCACAAGUAGUAAUGAAAACGGUGAGACAAAAGUAUUUGAUCUCGCUAAAGAAAUUUUAAUGAAUACACCGGAUGAGAUAAACUAUGAACAGACGGCAAAAAUUAUUGGAAUCAAUCGAACUCCCUUAGAAGUUGUCUUACUUCAAGAAAUUGAGCGCUAUAAUAAACUUCUCGUUGACAUGUCCACUCAAUUACGUGACUUAAGACGUGGAAUACAGGGACUUGUUGUAAUGAGUUCGGACUUAGAGGAUAUUUAUCUAGCUGUCUCUGAAGGAAGGGUGCCAUUACAAUGGUUAAAAGCAUAUAAUUCAUUGAAACCAUUAGCGGCAUGGGCUAGAGACUUAAUACAUCGUGUAGGACAUUUUAAUAGUUGGGCGAAAACACUCCGCCCUCCAAUAUUAUUUUGGCUUGCAGCUUACACGUUUCCAACUGGAUUUGUUACAGCAGUACUACAAACUUCAGCUCGAGCUACCAAAACACCAAUUGAUGAACUCUCUUGGGAUUUUUAUGUUUUUGUUGAAGAAGAUACUGCCGCAGCUCGUAUAAUAAGGGAAGGAGGAGGCGUUUACAUUCGAAGUUUGUUUUUGGAGGGUGGCGGAUGGUUGAGGAAAAACCAAUGCCUUCAGGAUCCACUACCGAUGGAACUAAUUUGUCCAUUACCAGUAAUACACUUUAAGCCAGUAGAAAACCUAAAAAAACGAUGUCGUGGUGUUUACCAGUGUCCCGCAUAUUAUUAUCCCGUUAGGUCAGGAUCAUUUGUAAUAGCCGUGGACUUAAAGUCUGGUAAUGAAAAGGCUGACUACUGGAUAAAGCGAGGUACUGCACUUUUAUUAAGUUUAGCAAACUAAUAAUAA